GAGAGGAGCCCGAUGAUACUGUCCAUGGCUUUUUAGUGGGGUCGCCCAGUCAGCAUGCUGUUCGUGCCGUUGACUGUUGCAGUUCACACCGCGUUUGUAACAUGCGUCACAGCUGGUGCAAUUAAUUCAUUUGCGGGUCCGUACAAUCUAAUCCUGGAAAAGGUCUACUCAUGUGGACAAAUCGAACAAGGGGGUGUCUUCAUUGACGGUUUUCGUACUACUCACUUUAAUCCCCAGAAGCCAAACGAAAACCAAACUGUUUCGUGUAGAAUAAUCAUCAAAGAACGUAUAGACGACUCAUGGUGGGUGACUGCCUUUGCCGACAAAUGGUCCAACAACCAGUGGAAGAAGAACUACUUUGUUUUUCACUUCCCAAUCGCAGCCUGUACCAGCAUGCGAACCAACGCACCGGGGUCAUUCCAACUUUUGUUCAAACCAGAAAGUAUGACAGGCGAAUGCUUCAUCUCUGCUGACACCUAUGUUGUAAAUAAUGAGUCCUUUAAGUUAGCUUUGCCAAACUUUCCGACUCUUGUUUAUGGACGUUAUCGCACCAGAAUAAAAUUAGGUCAUCAGACAACAAACGCAAAUUUCAACACGUGCUUCGAGUUCACAGUUAUACCGAAAACGUAAUAAAAAAAUUAAAAAUAAAACGUUCUUCU